AUGGCAUCCAAUGUUAUCAGCUCACUUCUCCUUAUCUGUGCCAUCAUCAACACAAAUGUAGUGCACGCAUCACAAGAUGCCAGCUGCUAUGUCACCUGUGAGUACACAGCGUGGGCGCUGGAUGCUAACUGUAGGAACCGUGGCCUGACUGAAGUCCCCUUGGAAUGCAGCCAGUCAGAGAUGGUUGACCUACGUAACAAUGACCUCACCUACCUUGGACCAGGUAGCUUUGCAGGAUAUCGGUCACUACGAUAUGUUGACCUUGAGUUUAACCAGAUUAGUAACAUCGCCAAUGGAGCCUUUGAAGAGUGUAUCUCACUCCAAAACAUUUACCUACAGUUUAACUCUCUGUAUGAGGUCACGGGAAGAGCAUUUGAAGGGGCAUCUGAUCUAAAACAGCUCUUCCUUAACCAAAACAGUAUCACAUACAUGCACCCUGAUGCCUUCGUUGGCUUAGAUAAACUAAGUGGACUUUACAUUGGCCACAACGACAUCAGCAAUCUGCAUGCUUUGGUGUUUCGUAAUACACCCCUCCUGAAAUAUCUGCAUAUGGGUGACAAUGGGCUCAUGGCAUUCCCUGCUGGCAUUUUUGAUGUAUUGACUGAACUUACCUACAUGAACAUUGAGAACAACAAUCUGAGAUCUAUUGAUGGGUCCCUUUUUGAAAGCCUGGAAAACUUAGAGGAAUUGAAUUUGUCCGGGAAUUUGAUUGUUUCAAUAACUAAUUUCCCACUAUUGGCCAAGUUCAAAAUAUUUGACCUUUUUGACAAUGACCUCCGUGACAUUGAUGAUUUGGCAGCUAAAAUCAAUGGACUGGAUCAGCUGUACUUGGCCAAGAAUGACAAUUUGAACUGCACAUGCUCCGUAGAUCCCAUCAGGGUGUGGGUUACAAAUCACCUGACUGAUGAAGGUGUUGAUAUCCUCAAAGCAAAUGUGACAUGUGGCUGGCCUCAGCACUUGAGGGGUUAUGCACUUAGUCACCUCACAAGAAGCUCGCUGUGUCCAGCUCUAGUGAGUUUUGGUUUCACUGGAAUACAGCCCUUCACCCAGACCACCACAGUACAAAGUUUAGGCAGCAGCAGCAGCAACCUUCCACUUGCUACUGAGCAAAACACUCAGCCUUCAACCCAAAUCGCCUCUAAACAAGGUUUUGAAGGCAGUGACUACGACCUGCCACUUGUUACUGAACAAAACGCGCAGAUCUCUUCCCAGACCAACUCCAAAGAUGGAUUUGAUGGCAAGGAUCAGAACCUUCCAGUUUUGGAACAGAACGUGCCAGGAAACUCUGAACUUGAUCCAGUCACCCUUUACAGCAUCGUAGGGGCAGCCACUCUUUUCUCUGUCGUCUUUGUUCUCAUUGUCUUGAUGAAGUAUUUGAAUUGGUACACACGCACAUAUCACCAGCGGCAACAGCAGGCACAGACAUGCAAGAGUCUACCGCGACCAAUCACGCAACGGCAGCAAGAGAGGAGCCUACCGAUGGUGCCAAUGGCGCCUACCAGGCAGAUUCAAGAAGACGAAGGGGCAUACGAAACAGUCAUUCAAAGAUCGCAUUUUGCAAGCGACUCCGACUUUGAGGUGCAAGACGAUGUCAGCACCGUUGAUGAAGCUGAGGCACAAAUAUGGUUUGAACAAACCUAUGAAGUUCCAACCAGUGACUCAGAUGACUCCAAUGAAUUUGGUCAUCCGGACCCUCCCUACGUGGCAGUCCCUCGUGACAUCCCUGGUCAGACCCCAGAAUGCACUCCACACCACUAUGCCACAACAAUUCUGUGAUGUGAAAGCACACGUGCUAUUACUCUUCCAAAAUUGCCACAAGUGAAAAUCUUAUCAGAAAGUGUGCUUGAAAAAACUUGUGGUUGUACUAUUUACUUUAUCUUCCCAAGACUGGACAUGAAUCAAGUCCAAAUUGCCGAAAGAUGUGGAAGGUGCUGUUUUUAAUUUAAUCUCAUAUGAUUAGUAUAAAAUUUGCUUUCGAUGUUUACAUUUGGCUCUUUUGGUAUACUGUUUUUAUUUAUUUUGUAUUUUAAAAAAAAAUUCACUCCAUGCAUCGUUACAUGGAGAUACUUUUCCAUGGUUGAAAGUGUCUGCUGCUUGCAAGAUAACAGCAAGGACACCAAUGCCUUCAAGUUCUGGUUUCAUGUAUGUGUAAAUACUUAUACAUGUACCAUGCAAAUAUGAAAUUUAAUUUAACUUUGUGACAGUCUACAUGUAGUAACUGAACAAAUGUAAUCAUCUCAAACGUAUUUAUAGUUUAAGGCACAUUCUGAAUUACAUGUACAUAUGAAACUAUGCGUAUGUUAAAUGUACGUUAAAAAAUGGAGACUACUUCAGUUCUGUACAAUGUGAUUGCUGAAUCUUUCUACUUGGCUGAUUGUGCAAAUACACUAGCAAGCAGCACGUAGCAACUCUCCAUCUUUUUGCUUUUGAAUAAACAGAUGGAGAGUUGCUUCAUGCUGCUUGCUGACCGGGAUUAACUGAAAUGUACAAAUCUCACAAGCUAGGGAGCCUAAUGUUUUAAUCCUAUAAAAUGUAAACUAUUUCUUAACAGCAUGUACAAAGCCUGUGAGAAAGAUAACACAGUUGAUGUGCUGUGUACAUGUAAAGUUACAUGUAUUUGGAGCAACAAAAUAACAAAAUGGGUCGUUUGAAUAGUCACAUGAUGUGAUAACAAUUUUAUCGUUUAAUUCAUUCUUUGGAUGGCUAGCU